CAUCCUCACGAGACCACUGUUGAUGCUGCUGAGGGAAACGGCCAGGAGAGUAAGUUGAAGGAGAAAGGGAAGAAGAAAAAGAAGUGGUGGAGGGUGGCCUCUUUCUUCAGAGCUCUUAAAAAACAUCGUAAGAGCAGCUCGAACCCAGUUCAGGGUGAAGUAGAGCUGCAGCAAGAGCAGGUGCAGGAGCAACAGAGAGAGGAAGUGAAGCCCCAGAAAGAAUGGAAAGCCAGAUGCAGUGAUGACUUCAUUUUCAGCCACUACCAGCUGGGGGAUCUGCUAGGAAAAGGUGGAUUCGGUGCUGUGUAUGAGGCCAGACGUUUGGAGGAUGAGCUUAAAGUGGCGGUCAAAUAUGUCGAUAAGACCAAAGACUACAGGGAAGGUUUAUACAUUCCUGGGUAUCGGCAGCUCCUUCCAAUGGAGAUCCCCCUCACAAUCCUGGCAAAUAAAGGCCCCAGAGUGCCAGAGAUCAUCCAGCUGCUGGACUGGAAGGACUACGAUGACCAUUUCUUCAUAAUCCUCGAAUGUCCCUCUCCUUGCGAGACUUUGGAAGACUUUGUGGGGCGUCACGGUGGAAGUCUCAACGAGAGCUUAGCACGGCAAGUCAUGAGGCAGACAGCUCAGGCUGCGAACGUGUGCUGCCAGCGUGACAUGUUCCACUGUGACAUUAAACUGAGCAACCUUCUCAUCAACAACGAGACACUUGAAGUCAAAUUAAUUGACUUUGGGUGUGGGGACAUUCUGAGGACAACUGUCUACAUGUCAUACUGUGGCACAGCAAAAUACUCCCCUCCUGAGUUUCACAUAACAGGAAAGUACCAUGGCAAGCCUGCGACGGUUUGGUCACUGGGGGUUCUGUUAUUCAGAAUAGUGGCCGGAUAUUUUCCAGGUUACUUAGAUCUGCACAUGCUCAAACUGCGCCUCUGGUCCAAAACUGGCCUGUCAAAAGAAUGCUGCAGAUUGAUCCACGCUCUCCUGCAAGAAAAGCCGAAGAAGAGAAUUGAACUGGAGGAAAUCCUUUCCCACAAGUGGUUUACGGUCACCACAUAA